AGCGGGAACGGGGAGCGAGCGCAGUCUCGCGCCGGUCUCAUGAUCUCGCGAGAGCAGCAGGGACAGGCUGCAGCAGCUUCGGCAAGAUGGCGGCGGCCAUAGAGGAUAUGCUGGCUGCUCUGCCGGGACUUGGGGAGCCCACGGAGGAGCUGAGGAAGCUGAAGACUGCGGUCCUGGCCCUGCCCCUGAGCGUCCUGAGGGAGAGGGCCCCGCAGCUCCGCCUGGGGCCCCUCUUCUCCCUGAUGAACGUGGCUGACAGGGAGCAGGCUGCUGUGUGUGUGGCCAUAUUGGAGCGACUGCUGCAGGCUAUGGAUCCCAUUCAUGUCGCCAGGACUUAUCAGGAGGAACUGAGAAGAGGGCUGUACCAUGCUGAUGAUGCUGUGAAGCUCCUGGCUAUAUCACAGGUUGGGAGAAUUGUGGAAUGUUCUGAGGCAAUAACAGAGAUCGUGAACAGCUUGGACCUGCUGAGGCAGAUCAUCCUGUGUAUCGGAGGGGAGAAGAUCGCUGUAGCUAAGGAGGCAAUUGUAUCCCUUUCAAAAAUCGCUCACACCACGUCCGGCUUAGAUGUGCUGUUCGGGAGUAACUUGCUGUCAGACCUAAAGUCCGUUAUGACGGUCAGCGAUGUCGUGCGAUACCGAGUAUAUGAGUUAUUAGUUGUGAUCUCGUCUGCUUCUGCGGAGUCCUUAGACUUCUGUGUGAGGAGCGGAAUCUUGCCUCAGUUACUGGAAGAGCUUACCGGGGACGACGUGUUGCUUAGAGUGACCUGCACGGAAAUGGUCACCAUAUUAGCUGGCAGCAUUCACGGGCGCCAGUUCCUGGCACAGCAAGGAAUCAUUGAUAAAAUAUCCAAUAUGAUCCUGGGGGCGGAUUCUGAUCCCCUCUCGGGCCUCUAUUUGCCAGGAUUAAUCAAAUUCUUUGGCAAUUUGGCCAUUGUGGACAGUCCCCAGCAAAUCUGCGAGCAGUACCCCGCGUUCCUGGAGAAAGUCCUAGAUAUGGCCGAAGGCAACGAUAACACUCUGGUUGGGGUCGCGGUAGACACACUCGGAGUCUUGGGCUCUAACAUUGAAGGAAAACAAGUUCUACAGAAGACUGGGAUCAGAUUUAACAAAAUAUUUAGGCGAGUCGGACACCAUGCCAAAAAUGCUCACACGGAGCUGAGAGUCCGCUGCUUAGAUUCCAUCUCCUCUCUCAUGUUUCUGCCGCCGGACGAGCAUACCGACGAUCUUUUAGCGAUGGCGGAAUCCUGGUUUAAAUGCCUUUCCCAGCAGCCGAUGGAACUGUUCCAGAACAUUGUGAUGCAGCCAUUCCCGGAGCUCCACUGCGGAGCGCUGAAAGUUUUCACAGCCAUUGCAAACCAGCCCUGGGCACAGAAGAUGAUGAUUGAUAGUCCGGGAUUUAUAGAAUAUGUCAUAGACCGAACAGUCGACCCGGACAAAGACUCAAAGGAUGCCAAAUUUGAAUUGGUAAAAGCUCUUGUGAACUCGAAAACCUCAGCUGAAGUGCUUGGAAAUCGGCACUACCUGAAACUGCGCGCCUAUCUCCGGGAAGGGCCCUAUUAUAUAAAAGCGGUAUCUACCGUGGCCGUAGAGGGGUCUGAAUAGGUGACAGCUGGCUGAGAACAGAACUUGUCUUUCUGAACUGCUUUGAAACCAGCAUUUUCUUUUUCGGCAGAGAAGGAACCAAAAACAUGAUGACCAAUAAAGUGCUAGUUUUAGAGAAUCGCUGAAAUUCCAAAUACAUUAUUUUGUGUUCUCUGCUUAGUUUCUCUUUACUUUAGUGUAGGAUAUAUACAGCUUUCUAUUACGCUGGUGGAAGCAGGUAUUUGUUGUUUCUGCAAGCUCUGUAUUCCUUUUACUUACAGUAUAACGUACAGUCAUUGCACUAUAGGAGCUUUGUGAUAGACGAUAGUUUCCAGGCAAGUGACAGGCUUCUGCAUUCGCUGUGAUGCCACUAGUUCAUGGGGCAAGGAUAAGUUGCAUUAUCCGUGGCUUCACUGGUGCUUAGCGCAGGAAUUGGCUGCGUUGUCCGUGACACCAAUGAUUCCUAGAGCGGGGAUAGGUUGCAUUCUCCAUGACGUCACUGGUUCCCUAGAGCAGGGAUAGGUUGCAUUCUCCGUGACGUCACUGGUUCUCUAGAGCAGGGAUAGGUUGCAUUCUCUGUGAUGUCACUGAUUCCCUAGAGCAGGGAUAGGUUGCAUUCUCUGUGAUGUCACUGAUUCCCUAGAGCAGGGAUAGGGUUGCAUUCUCCGUGACGUCACUGGUUCCCUAGAGCAGGGAUAGGUUGUAUUCUCUGUGAUGUCACUGGUUCCCUAGAGCAGGGAUAGGGCUGCAUUCCCCGUGUCGUCACUGGUUCCCUAGAGCAAACUGAGCAACAAUUGAAUUGCUCUGUUGGGCGCCAUCUAGUGGCGCUCAAAACACUUGAAUUCCCCCCGUAGAGGUGAGAAGUAGCAUUAGCCUUUUAUUAUAUAGGAUGUCUUAUGGGACAAGAACUCGGAGUAACUGACUUUAUGUUUACAUAGGGUGGCCAAUAUAAAUAUAAUUCUCCCCUUUUGUUAAAAAGAAAAAAACAACGCUAAUAAAGGUAUUGUUGCCAUGUU